AUGAACGCGCCGCCGCCGCCCCUGGGCCUGCCGCCGCGCGCGCCCGUCGGCACGCUCGACGACGUCAAGAGCCUGUGGGUGGGCGAAGUCCAGCCGGACUGGACCGAGGAGUACAUGCGGUCCAUCUACGCCGAGUGCAACAAGCGCUUCAACGUGAAGAUCAUGCGGGACCGCGCCACGGGCACGGCCGCGGGCUACGGGUUUUUGGAAUUCGAGAGCCACGCGGACGCGGCGGAGGUGCUGCGGCUCUACGAGGACAAGCCCAUCCCCGGCACGCCCUUCAAGUGCGUGCUGCGCUGGGGCGGCGGCCACGGCACGGCGGCCGCGAAGCCCAAGGGGGGCACGCCCUACGGCGCGGGCACGAUGCACCCCGUGGGCUACUCGGGGCCGCCGCCGCAGGCGGACUGGUCCAUCUUCGUGGGGGACCUGGACUACACGGUCACGGAGCAGCAGCUCCACGGCGCCUUCGCGAAGAAGUACCGGAGCAUCCUCAGCACGAAGCUCGUCAUCGACAUGUCCACGGGCCUCUCCAAGGGCUUUGGGUUCAUCAAGUUCGGCUCCGAGGCCGAGCGCGACUCCGCGAUGAACGAGAUGCACGGCCAGUACGUCGGCGAGCGCGCCAUCCGCUGCACGCUCGCGACGACGCGCGAGGAGCGCGAGCGCGAGGCGAAGAUGAACCAGCAGCAGCAGAUGUACGACCCGAGCCGGUUGCACGCGCCGAAGGCGACGGAGGAGGGCGAGAACACGUGCGUCUUCGUCGGCGGCCUCGACGAGUCCGUGAGCCCGGACAUGCUCCGCCACCACUUCGGGCUGUUGGGCGACAUCGCCUACAUCCGCAUCCCGCCGGGCCGGGGCUGCGGCUUCGUCGGCUUCGUGCACCGGAAGAACGCCGAGGCCGCGAUCUCGACGCUCCAGGGCCUCCGCAUCAACGGCUACAAGGUGCGCCUGAGCUGGGGG